GCAUCUCAUAAAUUUCCAUAUUGCAGCAUAAUGCCUUCCCUAGACCCUAACGAACCCCUCGACGAAUUCGACGCCCUUACCGUCACCAAAGACGAAGUAGUCCAAUCGCUCAUCCGCAACGGCGGCUGCAUAAUCCGCAACAUCCUCAACACCGACGAAACCGCCUCCCUCGAAGCGCAAAUCCGGCCCUUCCUCUCCGCCGACCAGCCCUGGGACGGCGACUUCUUCCCCCCGCAAACACGACGCGUCAUGGGCCUCGCAGGCAAAGUCCCAGCCUUCAUCCGCCUGAUACCAGGAAACCCGCUCUACCGCGCCGUGUGCGACGAGCUGCUGACCUCGCGCUAUGAGUGCUGGUUCGGCGCCCGCAAAGAAGUCUCGCUCUCCAGGCCCCAGCUCAACAACACCAUCGUCUUCGCUAUCAACCCCGGCGCCCGCGCCCAGGACCUCCACCGCGACGACAUGGUCCACCAUAACGCGCUGCCCGCCAUCAGCGCUGAGCAGUACGCCAUAGGCCGGGAUACCGGGAUCGGGUUCUUCGUCGCGGGCACGCGCACUACACGCGCGAAUGGCGCCACGCGCUUCGUGCCGCGCUCGCAUCUGCAGGCCACGGGCACGCCGCCCAACGAGAAUGAUGCCGUGUAUGCGGAGCUGGAGCCGGGGGAUGGGUUUGUUAUGCUGAGCUCGUGCUAUCAUGGCGGCUCGGCGAAUACAACGGUUGAUGAGGAGCGCCUGGUUUAUAGCUGCUUUAUGACGAAGGGGUUUUUGAGGCAGGAAGAGAACCAGUAUCUUGCUAAUCCAAUUGAGAAAGUAAAGGAGUAUCCGGCGGACAUUCAGCAGAUGAUUGGGUAUCAUAUCAGUAAGCCGUUUCUCGGCUGGGUGGAUUUGCAGGACCCAAGGAAGAUGCUGUUGAACGAGGGAGAGACGCUUGGAGGCCAGGAUCUGUUUUAGAUGACGAGGGUUUUUUGUUUUCAUCAGGCAGCCAUUCAGAAUCAAU